GAGUUUCGCCGUGGCGAAUUGUAAGUUGCGAAUCUCUAACGAAUUCGCCAGAAAAUGGCGAACGAGUGAMGAAAAUAAAUUUCUGGUAUUGCCGCUGGCGAAAAAACGGCAUUCGCUUCGCCAUUACUAUCAAAAUUUAACGAAUGUAUUUUUUAUUCGCUAUUUGAAAUGGAAAGGACAACAAAACGUACAACAACGCAGCARUUCCAAAAAUCGGUUGCGUUAAUGGAAAAUAAUCCGGACGUCGCCAGAGGAAUGGGGAAUUUUGGAUCGACAAAGAAAAGCAGGGCAGAGCAAUGGGACCUGUUCGCUGCCGAACUCAAUGCCAUUGGUCCACCAUUGCGAAACGGGCGCGAGUGGAAUAAGGUAAAAAUUUAAUUAAUUUGUUUGGUUGAAGUUACUUACGUGUAGCAUUUAGGUUUGAUUAGAUUAUAAACUGAAACUAAA